AUGUAUGAUCCAUCAUCCAGUGCGAACAUCAAUGAAGCAACAAUUGACCAUUUUUCGUUGGACUGGACGAUUGAUUUUUGUAAAUGUCAGAUAUCUGGAAAUGUUGUUUUGUCGAUACGUAUCAUUAGAGCAACUGAUAAAAUUAUAUUGGAUAGUCAAUCAUUGGAAAUAGAAAGCAUUAAAUUGGAUAACAAAAUCGUCGACUACCGUAUGGAAAAUGCUGACAUUCUGGGUGAGAAAAUAGUAAUUGAUGUGGGUAAACGAGAAAAUGGAGACAAAUUUAAUCUUACUGUCAUCUACAAUACAGGCGAAAAAUGCUCGGCAUUGCAAUUUUUAAAAGCCGAACAAACAGUCACGAAAGAAAAACCUUAUUUAUUCAGCCAAUGUCAGCACAUAUAUGCUCGUUCAAUAAUACCAUGUAUGGAUACACCUUCCGUGAAACAAACUUACGAUGCUGUGGUAGCUGUCCCCAGUGAUUUAGUAUGCCUUAUGAGUGCAGUCGCCGUAGGCGAGUCGGAAGAAGUGGGAAAGUUAAAGAAAUAUUCAUUUAAACAAUCAAUACGAAUACCUUCUUAUCUUUUGGCCAUUGUUGUUGGAUUAAUGGAGAAGCGAGAUUUGAGCACACGCUGUGCAGUUUGGGCUGAACCAACUGUAAUUGAUAAAGCGUUUUAUGAAUUUGGUGAAACGGAAGAGAUGCUAAAAGCUGCUGAAAGUAUAAUCGGAAAAUAUGAAUGGGGAAGAUAUGAUUUGGUUGUGCUUCCGUCGUCAUUUCCAUUUGGUGGUAUGGAAAAUCCAUGUUUGACAUUUGUAACUCCGACCUUAUUAGCUCGUGAUCGAUCGGCAGCUCAUGUGAUAGUUCAUGAAAUUUCGCACAGUUGGACAGGAAAUUUAGUUAGCAAUGCUAAUUGGGAGCAUUUUUGGCUAAAUGAAGGUUUCACUACAUUCCUAGAACGUAAAAUAAUAGGAAAACUGGAAGGAGAAAAACAACGACAAUUCGAGGCUCAGUGCGGUUGGGAAGAACGUCUGAUGAGUGCUGUUGAAGAACAGUUUUCCAAUGAUGAUCCAUUCACGAAAUUGAUACCAAAUUUGCAAAACAGACAUCCUGAGGAUGCAUAUUCGUCGAUCCCGUACGAAAAGGGAUCGGCUUUUCUCAUGAUUCUUGAACAAAAACUUGGUGAAACCCAAUUCAACAAAUUCCUGAAUAAGUAUAUUGAGAAAUUUGCUCAAAAAUCAAUAGUAACUGACGAUUGGAAAGCCUUUUUAUAUGAAUUUUUCUCGGAUAAAAAGAAUGUACUUGAUAGUAUUGAUUGGAAUAAUUGGUUAUAUGAUACAGGAAUUCCUAAAACAAAACCGCAAUUUGAUGGUACAGCUAUGCGUGAGGUUGUUGCUUUGGCAAAGGAAUGGACGAAUAUGACGGAUUCUGAAAUAAUGAAUGUUGAUAAUUCGAAAUACCUCUCUCUUUCUGCAUUGCAGAAGGAGAAAGUGUUGAGUCAUUUACGACUGGCAAAAAAGCCACUCUCACAUGUGAAAUUGAAACGUUUGGAUGAAGUAAACCAGCUCUCAAAAACUGGAAACUGUGAUAUUUUAUCGAGUUGGAUUCAGUUAUGUUUGAAAAAUUACUGGAAAGACAUUAUACCGAUUGCUUUUGAUUUUAUCACAAAACAAGGUCGGAUCAAGUAUGUACAACCAAUUUAUAGAGAUCUUUUCCUUUGGUCAGAAAGUGCUGGUCCUGCAAUUGAGUUAUUCAGAAAAAAUGCUCCUUCGAUGCAUCCAAUUACAGUAUCGAUUGUGGCAAAGUUGAUUCCAAAAUAA